AAACAACCCCGAUAGAAGAAGAAGGGUAAGCUGCACGCGCCACCUGGGGUCGUUUUAAAUAAACUGUUGGAAAACCCCUCAUCGUGGCCCCCUCCCUAGUAAAUAAGUCGACUCUCCCCAAAAACAAACUCCACAACGCUCCAAACAAACCAUUGUCACUCACUCACUCAUCCAUAAACCCCUUCUCUCUCUUCUCUUCUCUUCUCUCUCUCUCUGGUUUUUGGAUCUGGCCGUUGAUUUUUUUUUGUUUCCGGGACGACGAUAAUUUUUUUGUUUUUCCGUUGUUGCAUGAACGAGGGUGAUGGCUUCGGCAUGUGUAAACAAUGUUAGUGUUUCUCAGGAGUUUCCUACUACUACUUACGGAUGUUUCAAUCCACGAGCUUCUUUCAGCCGCGAGGACUCCAUGGGCUCUGGAUCCGCCGCAUCUGACACUCAGAAGAAGCAGAUUCCGCCGGAGGAAAAAGUAGCUGCCGAUUUCGAGUUUCGGUUGGAGGAGGAUCCUGUCGGAAUCCUCCCCGCUGACGAGCUUUUCUCCGACGGUAAACUCGUCACGAAGCAGCAGCAACAGACGACGGUUGAGAUCGGCGGCAGGUCGGAGAUGGAUAAUAAUAAUAAUAUCUCCGGUGGUGGCGGCGGCGAUAAUUGCUCUUUUUCUCCAAAGGCACCACGGUGUUCGAGUAGGUGGAGAGACUUGUUAGGUCUCAAACGAUUCUCUCACAACAGCAAAGCUCCGACUACUACUACUACUACUACUACUACUACUACGACGUCGUUUCCUUCGAAUCCGAGAUCGUCUACUUCUUCGUUGAAGCAAUUCUUGCAUCGGAGCUCUAGAUCGUCGUCUUCGUCCGGAUCCUCUUCUUCUUCUUCUUCUUCUUCUUCUUCAGAUGCUUCGUUGCUCAUGAGCCUUCCUCUUCUCAAAGAUUCCGAUUGCGAAUCUCUCUCCUUAUCCUCUUCUCGUAUGUCUCUCUCCUCUUCCUCCUCCGGCCAUGACCACGAAGAUCUCCCCAGACUCUCUCUCGAUGCAGAGCGACUGAACCAUAACCACAACAUCACCGCGAAUCCAUUUGCUCCCGCUCGUAGCCUAAACCCAAAUCCACCGAGAAUGAGGUUAGUGAACCAUUCAUCAGCAGGAACCGGAGGAGGGAGAGUGGGACGCAGCCCGAUGCGACGUUCGGGAGGAGGAGACACAACAACAUCUCACAGAGGAGUCUCUGUGGACAGUCCAAGACUAAACUCAUCAGGUAAAAUCGUGUUCCAGAGCCUGGAACGAAGCUCGAGCAGUCCAAGCAGCUUCAACGGUGGAACUAGCGGGUACAGACACAGAGGAAUGGAGAGAUCGUACAGCUCAAACGUGAGGGUGACGCCAGUUUUAAACGUUCCGGUUUGUUCAAUCAGAGGUGGUUCAGUUGUCUCCGGUCAGUUUUUCACAAACGCCAAUAACAACAAUAACAGACCUUCUUCGUCUCAUAUCAAUAGAGGUCGUAACUCAACGGAUCGAAUCUAACCUGGACCUUUUCCAAAAAAUUAGGGAAUAAUAAUUCAUCAAAAUGGUAACAACAACGACACAAUCUUCUUGAUGCAAUGCAACAGUAGUAGUUGUAAUCAUCCGUUUUUUUUUUCUUUUUUGGGUUUGUUACUUGCAACAAAUCUUAUUAUGAUUAUUAUUAACAGAGCUUUUUUUAUGAGAUUAGUAAAUCCAGUGUGUGUGUACUGUAAAUAAAGAAUCUGUCUGCCAUUGGUUAAGUGUAAUUGUUCUAUGGGGUUUACUCUAGGGUUCAUUUGCCAUUAGACGCACAAAAAAAUGGAAUUGGAAUCUCCUAAUUGUUGUUUCUUCUGCUUUGGGGGAUUGAGAGAGAGAGAGAGUGAGGUUGACGCGUAAAAGGAAUGCGCGUGGGUCAGAGGAUAACAGAUACUUUUUAUCUCAUAUGCUCUGUGUUUAGUUGCGCUCUCCCCACGUUGAAGCUUAUCUAAGCUGUCUCUUUCAUGUGAUUUUUUUUUUAGAUUGUAAUUUUUUUUUUUUCCAAUAGUUUUAUUUUGUCGUUUUCUGAGUUUCGGAAAUGAUGCAGUGUUCAGAGACUUUAACCACACAUUUCUUUCUCUAUUUAUUGUUUGUUGUUUUGUUAAUCAAAAGGAAGGUUCGUUUAAGCAUAUUAAUGUUGGAUCUCUCAUAUUGGUCUACGGUUUGUUGUUUGAACCAGAUCACAUGUUUUUUGUGUCAGGAUUUUUCACGAUCUUUUUAUUAUGAAUUAUGGUACGUGAAAUGUACGAAAGAUUACAUUAUGAGUAUUAUUACUAUUAUUUAAGCCAAAAUGAUAGAUUGGACAAGCAACAGAGAUUGUACAAGUACAAGACUCCUAAUAAGCUUCUUUCACCUGUCUCUAUCCUCAUCUGUUCUUGUGUACUUUUAGCUUCUUCUCUCUUUGGUCCCCUUUCUCCUCCUCUCAUACUCUCACUUAAAACAACCCUUAACAGCAUUAUUGUUGUAUAAUUCUAAAUCGAAUUCCAUUUUGAGGAAAAAGUGAAUAUAUCCGUCUUGAAAGUUACAUCUAUGCUGCGACUAGAGUGUGCUAAGUUGCAACUAAUGAUUUGUAAAGUAGCGAACAAAAGAGAUAAAGUAAGCUAGUUU